AAGCCAGACGUCGCCCGCCCCGUGCGGUGGAAGGGGCGCCCCUGCUCCUCAGAUCUGUGAGAGGGAGAUUUGGUUCGUUGUGGGGCUGGGGAGAAGCACUUUACCAACUGGGCCAAGAGCUUAAGCCCCGGUGCAUCCUAUGGACAAAGGCAUGUGGCAUGAGGACGUCUGUUGGGAUGGCCCGACGCGCUUCAGAGCAGCCUGCUUACCAGUGGCUGCAGCCGGGCGUUGGCACCUUUGGGUAGCACAACUCUGAGACGCUGCCUUUUCAUUAACGUACCUCUCAUCCCUUUUGCAAAGUGUUUACAAGAGCGGCCAUUUAGUCCUCCUCCCUGCUAGGUAGGGAGAAAGUUGCAGUUUUGGAGGGAAAGGAACUGGGUUCAGUGAUGUGCCCAGGGGGAGACACUGAUAGAUCAGACUGUCUUAGGUGCUGGAGGCUGCUGGAGCUUUGGAAUCUGUCUCCUCAGGGUAGAGCCAUCCCGGGUUGCAGCCUAGCUUCUUGGAGCCACGACUUUGCCAAAUCGAUGAUGUUUGCCUGUAUAAUGCAUCUUACUUUCUUCAGCCACUUUGAGAGCAGGCCUAAUGAGAUGGGAGUGAGCACAGAGACCUUCUCAGGAAGAAGUCUGCUUGGUAUUCUGGUACUAACUUCAAGACCUUGGGUCCCCAAAUCUGUGUUGCGGCCCUUUGCAUGGGGAGCCCUCUCACCAAGGCGUAUGGAGAAAUCAGAGGGUGUGUGCGCUCUGUUUGGAGUCUGAACUUCACCCGUCGUCAUAAGUGUCAGCAGAUCCAGCCGUCCAGCAUGCUCUGCUCACCGCAUCCCGGGGUGCACUGACCAUGAGCCUCAACUCCUCCCUCGACUACAGGAAGGAGCUGAGCAACCUCACUGCCGCCGCCGCCGCCGAGGGUGGUGAAGGGGGUGUUGUGACAGAGUUCAUCGCCAUCAUCAUCAUCACCGUCUUCGUCUGCCUGGGCAACUUGGUCAUUGUCGUCACCUUGUACAAGAAGUCCUACCUCCUUACCCUCAGCAACAAGUUCGUCUUCAGCCUGACCCUGUCCAACUUCCUGCUCUCCGUGCUGGUGCUGCCCUUCGUGGUGACCAGCUCCAUCCGGAGGGAAUGGAUCUUUGGCGUGGUCUGGUGCAACUUCUCGGCUCUCCUCUACCUGCUGAUCAGCGCGGCCAGCAUGCUCACCCUCGGGGUCAUUGCCAUCGACCGCUAUUACGCUGUCCUGUAUCCAAUGGUGUACCCCAUGAAGAUCACAGGGAACCGGGCCGUGAUGGCUCUCGUCUACAUCUGGCUCCACUCCCUCAUUGGCUGCCUGCCGCCCCUCUUUGGUUGGUCGUCGGUGGAAUUUGACGAGUUCAAGUGGAUGUGUGUGGCUGCGUGGCACCGGGAGCCCGGCUACACCGUCUUCUGGCAGAUCUGGUGUGCCCUGUUCCCCUUUCUCAUCAUGCUAGUAUGCUAUGGUUUCAUCUUCCGUGUGGCCAGGGUCAAGGCCCGGAAAGUGCACUGUGGCUCCGUGGUCAUUGUGGAGGAGGAUGCCCAGAGGAGUGGGAGGAAGAAUUCUAGUACCUCCACUUCCUCCUCAGGCAGCAGGAGAAAUGCCUUCCAAGGUGUGGUCUAUUCAGCUAACCAGUGCAAGGCCCUCAUCACCAUUCUGGUGGUCAUUGGCGCCUUCAUGGUCACCUGGGGCCCCUACAUGGUUGUCAUUACCUCAGAGGCACUCUGGGGGAAGAACUAUGUCUCCCCAGCCCUGGAGACUUGGGCCACAUGGCUGUCCUUUACCAGUGCCAUCUGCCACCCUCUGAUCUAUGGGCUCUGGAACAAGACUGUCCGCAAGGAGCUCCUGGGCAUGUGCUUUGGGGACCGUUAUUACCGGGAACCGUUUGUGCAGCGACAGAGGACCUCCAGACUCUUCAGCAUUUCCAACAGGAUCACAGACUUGGGCCUGUCCCCACACCUCACGGCUCUCAUGGCCGGCGGACAGUCCCUGGGACACAGCAGCAGCACGGGAGACACGGGCUUCAGCUACUCCCAGGAUUCAGGGACAGACGUGAUGCUGCUGGAAGACUGCGCUUCUGACGACAACCCUGCCCCCCACUGCACGUGCCCACCCAAGAGAAGGAGCUCCGUGACGUUUGAGGACGAAGUAGAACAGAUCAAAGAGGCUGCCAAGAACUCCAUUCUUCAUGUGAAAGCUGAAGUACACAAAUCCUUGGACAGUUACGCAGCCAGCUUGGCUAAAGCCAUCGAGGCUGAAGCCAAAAUCAACUUAUUUGGGGAGGAGGCUUUGCCAGGGGUCUUGUUCACAGCUCGGACCGUCCCAGGGGCUAGCUUCGGGGGGCGCCGAGGCAGCAGGACUCUUUUGAAUCAGAGGCUGCCCCUGCAGAGCAUUGAAGAAGGGGACAUCUUAGCUGCAGAACAGAGAUGAAGGCCUCCGAGGGAACUGGGGCCGCCGUGGGGCUACCGGUGCCGGCGUCUGUGCCGAGGCCCUGGAAGACGUCACCCCUCACGGAGGGCCGGAUGCUGGGAAGGAAACAUGGGUUUGUGCAGCCAGGAGAACCGAAAGUUCUGACUUCAGUGUCCUGCUGUGAAGGCCCAAGUGGGCGGCUUCGGGGUCCCUGGGAUGGAACGGGGCUUCCAAAGCACACUGAAAAAGCAGAUGGAGAUGUGGCUGCUGUUUCUGGGGGCACUAGAGACCAUGGGUGGAAAGGGAAGCCACCAUGUGGAUCAUGUGUUCACCAGCACCCUGCUGGUCUAAGAAGUGCCCAUGGUCUCAGAAGCAGUCCCUACUCUGUGCACUUCAUGGGAUGCAAGACCAUCUGGGGUUCUGUGUGAUUGGUCCAGGCAGCAUGGGCCCACAUGUACUAGACUAAACCCGAGACAGUCCAGGGAGCACUCAGGAGUAGGAGCACCAUACACAGACACCCCAUGUCUACUGCCCUAAUUAGGAUUUGGCCUUUGGUGGCACCUGCUGCUGACUUGUAAGAGCAGGCCACAGGCCAUCCGAGAUGGGGCCGGCCCUACCCGCCUCUUUGUUGACAGAUGUUUUAGUGUUUGCAAAGGAGGAAGAAACCACUAUAAAAGACAAGGCUGAGUACCAGGCGUUUCGUUUCCCAAAUUAAAAAACCCGGGAAAUGAGGGCACAUCACUAAGACUGGGGCUGUGAUGUCACGUACAGCAGGGAAGAAUGGGGGGGGGCAGUCCCUCACACAGAUGUGGGAGGCACUUGAGUGACUGACAGACGUAGUUGGCCUCAGUUCCCAGGAGCAAUGGUGACCGUCGCUGCAGCUUCGGGGUGGGCACAAGGUAGAAAGGGCGCUGGAGCUGAGCUCACAGGCUGGGUUCUUGGCCCAGCGCGGUCUUUGGGUAUCAUCCGGAACAUCCUGUCCCGUCACUAGGCCAUUUGGAGAAAUGGGAGCGAGUGGGGAGGAGUUGGAACGAGUAAUCUCCAAGAUAGUUUCCAGCUCUGAUCUCUGAUGUCUUCGGAAUUUGCAGUUUAAGAGACGGGAACAAAAGGAACAUGACCAGUGGAUGAACCAGCAUUGGUAUACUUUUGAGUGUUGACCCAGUGAACACGCAGAGAGGUCUCUGCACGCUCUGGCUGUGUGUCUUUGUCCCACUUGGCUGUUUAGGGCACUCCUAAAUGCCCACCACUGAGCCCCGGCUGUGAAGAGGGUGCCACAGCGGAGGCAAAGGUGGGGGAGCAGGUGGGAUUCCUUGGCGUGGACCCCUCUUGCUCCUUGAGACAGAACUUGAAGUUUGGGCUUUGGGUGCUUGCUGUGUGGUCAGGAAGACCGCCUUCCCUGCCGCUCUUAAGCCUGGA